ACUCCUCAGUUUGCUUUUCGACGCGAACCGGUACGGUCGUAUAAGUACCCGGGUGGUAUAAUUUACCCGUUUGUUUCAGCAACGCGUGGAUGUUGUUUUUAGUAUUUUUGUCAGUGGUUUGGUCAAAUCUGACGUAACAGUGCAACGCAGCCAGCACAGACAGGAUUUUUUGCUAUCGCCACCCACAUUGGCAAAACGCAUUGGAAGGACUGACUGCGUCCGCAGCCAAUGCAACUGGUUCAAAUUCUACUGAAGUGUUACAUCGAUUACUGGAUUCUACGGCCGUUGCGUAAUGUACGGCAAGCUUGGGUGCCUGGUGGCACUGGCCAGCCUAUGGUUGGCCUACUCCGAACUCGCGCCAAGGUUGGAAACCGUCAAGCAGUGGAGUCUGCUGUCCUACAAUUUUCCAUGGGACUAUCCGGCAUCCAACAAAGAAUUUUACAAUGCGGAGAAUAUCGUAGCGACCGGUAUCGAGGUAGGCUACGAUCGGAUCUUUAUAGCAACGCCUCGUUUGUUCACUGGAGUUCCUGCCACGCUGUCAUCUAUUCCACGUGGUAACCAAGGUGAUUCGCCUGCUCUUCAGGCCUUCCCCGAUUGGACUCAUCACACCGCUGGAACGAAACAGUACAACUGCUCCGAUAUCGGUCUCGUGUCUGUUUACCGAAUUCGGAUCGACUCGUGCAAUCGGCUGUGGGCGUUGGAUGCCGGUGUUUCCAGAUCGCUUGAAGAUUUUGAGGUAACCUGCCCGCCUAAGAUUUUGGUUUAUGAUCUACACUCCGAUCGGGUGGUUCGAAGAAUAGAUUUCCCACCGGAGGUCAUUCGACGCGAGUCGUUGUAUACGAACAUCAUCAUUGACGAAACUACCUCGCGACCGGAGAAUAAUUGUGACGAUGUUUUUGUCUACAUUACGGACACUGUAGCUCCAGGUAUCGUAGUAUACGACAGUGGAAAAGAUCUCACCUGGCGCGUUAGUCAUCCAUCGAUGUAUCCUGAUCCGGACUUUGCCGAGUCAACUAUUAUGGAACAUCGAUUCACGCUAAUGGAUGGCAUCGUUGGGCUUGCAUUCGACGAGGAAGCUGGCAUUAUCUACUUCCAACCUUUGGCCACUGAUAGACUGUUCUCUGUAACAACGGCGGCACUUCGGUCCGGUCCCCUGCCGUUCGGACAAGAACUACCGGUGAAACUUGUAGGUCGUAAAUCAUCACAAGGUAUUGGAUUAGGUGCUUCUCCACGAGGUGGUACCAUCUUCUACGCCCCUUUCACUGAGACAGCUGUGGCCUCGUGGAAUCCACGAACUAACGAACAUCAAAUUUUGGCUCAAGAUCAAGAAAGACUACAGUUUGCUGCCGAUCUUCGUACUCCAGCCCGCGAUGGAACUGCGCUGUACAUUCUUACCUCGAAGUUCCACCGGUUCUUCUUGAAGAAUGUGGACCCCAACGAAUUCAACACUCGCAUCCUUCGGAUCGAUGGCGCCGUUUCUUCCAGUAAACCUUCUCAAACAGAAGCUGCUUACAGACCAACAUUCAACACCAAUUCCGCCUAUUACAGUCUCCCCGUGGUAACACCAUCUUCGCCAUUCAAACCCCUUCCACAAACCAUUCCCGCCCCCAACUAUUAUCCGCAGAAGCCAACCAACAUGAAGACCUACGCUUUCGUUCAAAACUACCUGCCGAACAGUAAGCAACCGUAUCCCUACGAACCAGUUCCCAUUAUUGACAGAACCAAAACCAACCCAUUCUUCAUCCUUAAUAGUGGUGAAAAGCCCUUCCCUCCUAUGCGUCCGAGACCUCAGUAUGGUUUGAACGGAGAAAUUUUCUUCCCGAAAGUGAACCAUAACUUUAAUGACUUUAACGGUCUCCGGUAUGCGAAAAGUUUACGGGCCAAUAUGACCGUGACACACUAAAACCUGAACGCAUGGGUAGCAAGUGCCUGUUUUACCCCUCUUCUAAUCGUUUGUGGAAGACGGUUCUAAAAUAUGCCCUUGACGCACACACUUCUCCCUCACGUGUAAAUAGUAUCACAAAACUCAUCUAACUGACUGCGUUUUUCGUGACUACCUGAGACUCAGUUCCAAUCUGUUAGUUUCGGAUUCAGUUCAGUUGUGCCUUAGAUAUUUAUUUCUGUUUGUACCAUAAGCGAUCCGCUCAUUGAACAAUCCUCAGUUAUUUUAGUGAUUGCUACUCACAUACUAAAAUCAUAAACUUCUGCACAAUUCUUACGAUAUUUAAAUUUUGUCUACCUUCAGCGGCGUAUAAUUUUAUCUGUCUUACUCUUGCCCUACACAUCUAUUUGCAUUUGUUAAGCCAUAGUUCAAUGCAUUUAGUCUUGCCUAGUGAUCGCUGAAAUAGCACCUGUCUCGAAUCUCCAUCUAUGAUAGUUUAAAAAGUGUAGCAAAACUGAACUCAUUUCAAUUGAAACGGUGCGGAACCAUUAAACUGGCCGUAUUCAUGUGUACAUAAAUCGAUAAAAAAUAAUACUGGAGCUAGAACAAGCAAUAAUUGUUUAACGAACGCAACAUGACUGCCCAAUGGUUUCCAGAGCAGAUAGUAGCAAAAAGUAUAGGAAAAGGUUGUACUAGAUAAUUGCCGGGAGUGAUUUUGUUCGCUUUUUUGAGAAACCACGACAACAGCUAGGAAAUACACGUGAAGAAUCAAUGUCGACAUCAACAUGCUUGGAAAUAAACAUACGAUUGUGUGGCUAAUAUGAGCGAAUGAGGAAUAAUAAAUUUUUCUAGAUAUAGAGCGCCUGAGAGUUUAGGACUGAUGAAUUUUCUAGAACAUUAA